AAAAAAUGAAGACAUGUCAUCGUCAAGCGCCAAUACAUCGACAAAUUCUACAAGUAAAACAGCCAGUGCUGAACUUUCUAGGCCAACAUCAGCACUUUCAAAUACUUCAUCAAGUUCAGGACAAAAAGAAGAUAAAUCGGCAAUUCGAAAAUCAGUUCUCAAUAUGGCUAAAAAUGAAACAGUAACAAACUGUGCACCGGUAGAUUCCACAAAUAAAUCAGCCAAUAUUGAACAUUCUAGGCCAACAUCUGCACUUUCAAAUACUUCAUCAAGUUCAGGCCAAAAAGAAGAUAAGUCGGCACUUCGAAAAUCGACUAUAAAUAUGGCAAAAGAUGUAGCAAUAAAAGCUCGUGCUUUAGAAGAGGAGAAAUCGAAACAAAAUGCUCGAAGAUUAGGAAUUGUUAAUGCGUUAAGUGCAAAAUUCAAUUUAGCGGAAGCUCAACCGAAUGCAUAUACGUAUAAACGUUCACGAUUGUUAGCAAAGAAAGAUGAAGAAAGACCAAAACGUACUUAUGGACCAAUUAUUAAACCGGUUAUAAAUGAUAAUUUUGAUAAACAAAUUGAAGAAAUUCGUAUGAAAAUGAGAACAGGUAAUAAAAUAUUGAGUUCACAAUUUACUGAAUUAAAACAAGGUAUUGCAACAGUAGCUGAUGAUGCAAGACGAGCAAUUCUUGAACAAAAACAUCAACAAUUAUUAAUUGAAGCCGAUGCAACAUUUGGAAAGAUAGGUGAUAAUUUUAAAAAAUGGAAAGAGAAUCGUACGGCUGAACAACAAAAAGAGUUGAUAAGACGAGAACAAGAAAUGCAUCAUGCAAAAGCAACAAAUGUUGAAAUAGCAAAAACUACAACUAUGGCGCAACCGUUAGUUGAACCAAAAAAGACAGUACGACAAUUGAAAUCAUCACAAGAAACGAAAAUGACAAAUGUUAUGCCAAGUUUUGUCACUGAAUGUGAAACAAUAAAUUCAGGAAAAAAUUCCUCAUCUAAAAUAAAAAUGGAAAUACAAGCAAAGAAAAAUAUUGAAGCAAUUAAAGAAAAUAACCACAAGAAUGCAACAACUGCCACAGAAGUAUCAAUGAAACUUCAAUCUCCAACAAUGGAUAAUUAUUUGACAAAAUUACCGAAUGUUGAAAAUUCUUCAACAACAAGCGUCGAAAAUUCUAAGAAACAAGGAAUAAAACCGGAUCCGGUUAUACCGAAAACUAGAAAGAUAUUAGGAAGUACUGAAAAUCGUGAAAUACGAAAAUAUGGUACCAGGAAUAAAACACAAGAAUUGAUGAAUUUUGCUAAAGAUGCAGAAAUGAAUGAUGAAAUUGAGGAGUCUAAAAUACAUCGUCAAAAUUGCAUUCAUCGACGUAAUCGUUACAUUCGAAAACCAUUCGAUAUCGAUAUUUUGCUUGGUUAUGAUAAGGAAAAUAGCUUUGAACAGUUUGAAGCUCGUUUUGCUGCAUCAGGAUGUGAUAAAAGAUCAAUAAUUGAUACUGAUAAAAAUGAUAAGAAAUCCAAGAGACGACGAAAGGAAAGUAAAAAAAUAUGGAUUAGCGAAUUACGAGAUAUUGAUAAAAUUUAUCGAACAUCCGAACUACGCGAUAUAAUCAAUUCAGUACGAAUUUGAAUUUGUAACGAAAUUGGGAAAAAAAAAUCAGAAAAAC